CUUUGAGCAAAGUGAGGUUCGUGAGGACGAAUCGCCUGGAAGCCAGCCACCUUCCCAGAGCGCUGUCCAGCAGCCAGUCGCUACGGUCCUGUGGAGAUGACACAGCGACAUGGCCUCCGCUCCAGCACAGCAGCCCACCCUUACUGUUGAGCAGACCCGAGUGGUACUGAGUGAGGUGAUCCAAGCCUUCGCAGCACCAGAAAACACUGCGAGGAUGGAGGAGGCUCGGGAAAGCGCCUGUAACGACAUGGGCAAGAUGCUGCAGCUCGUGCUUCCUGUGGCCACGCAGAUUCAACAAGAGGUCAUCAAAGCGUACGGCUUCAACAACGAGGGAGAAGGUGUCCUGAAAUUUGCCAGAUUGGUGAAGAUGUAUGAAACCCAGGAUCCUGAAAUUGCAGCCAUGUCAGUUAAACUGAAAUCUCUCCUCCUUCCACCACUGUCAACACCACCUAUAGGAGGGGCCAUUCCUGCUUCUUAGGACUUCUUUACAUACAUUGGUCCACUGCAAGGUUACUCUCAGAGAAUUAUUUGGGUCCACAUAAAACAUUGUAAUGUAAUUCCAAAAUGUUGUGCAUCAUAUGGUUUCAAACUCAGCACACUAUCACGUUCCAACAAAGAUGGAACUUUCCUUAUCUGCAUUAAUGUUUGAUUGAAAAUUUCCUUGCAACAUUUUGUUAAAUUAUUGCCUUUAAAAUGUUUCAGUAUUUGCCUUCAAAAUGUUUCAAUAUUUAUUUGUUAUGACCAUUUUCUUAAGAUUGUCCCCUUACAAUCAUUUCCUUCAAUGCAAUCUUUACAUUUUUAGUUUUAACAUUUUUAUAUGCUGUCAAAUGUCCCUUUUCUGUUCUACAUUAAAACGUUUUCUGUGAA